AUGGUCCAAGAAAGCACAAUGAUCUGUGUCGACAACUCCGAAUGGAUGCGCAACGGAGAUUUCCAGCCAACUCGUCUUCAGGCUCAACAAGAUGCUAUCAAUCUUGUUACACAGUGCAAAUUGAGAGCCAAUCCAGAAAAUGCCGUCGGUAUUCUCUCUAUGGCAGAUAGCGUCCAGGUUCUAUCUAGCCUGUCAACUGAACAAGGACGUCUGAUGAUGAAGACGCACUCGAUCGAACCAUUUGGAAAGUGCAACUUCAUCGCCGGUAUCAAAAUUGCUCAUCUUGCUCUCAAGCAUCGCCAGAACCGUAAUCACAAAAUGCGCGUUGUCCUCUUCAUAGGAUCUCCGCUCGAAGAGAUCGAUGCUGCUGAGUUGGUGAAGAUCGGGAAGAAAAUGAAGAAGGAAAAGGUUCUGUGCGACGUUGUCAUGUUUGGGGACAGCGAUACCGAUGGUCAUGAGAAAUUCUCGUCGUUCGUGGAUACGUUGAAUGGAAAGGAAGGAACUGGAUCAUCGCUCGUGGUUGUCCCAACUGGAUCUUCCCUUACUGACGCUUUGCUACAGUCGAGUGUAUGCAAAAAUGAAGAUGGACAAGCAGCGUUCGGUGCUGGUGGAGGUGGUGCUGAUAACGCCUUCGGAAUGGAUGUUGACAAUGAUCCAGAUUUGGCGUUGGCUCUCCGUGUUUCCAUGGAAGAGGAGCGUGCUCGUCAAGCCGCUGCUGCUGCUGCAAAUGGAGGUGCUGCUCCAGAUGCUGCAGCUGAUCAAGACAUGGCUGCCGGCGGAGCCGUGCCAUAUGAAGAAAUGGAUAUGGGAGCGAUGACUGAGGAGCAACAGUUGGAAUGGGCACUUCGACUCUCAAUGCAAGAAAACGCCCCAUCCUCCGGAGCAGGGCAACAAGUGGAACAAAUGGAUGUGGAUGCUGCGGGACCAGCUGCAGAGGCUGACAAUCUUGAUGAUUUGCUGAACAAUCCAGACCUUCUUCAACAGAUUGUUGAUGAUUUGCCUUCUGGAACCAACGAGAAGAAGGACGACGAGGAGAAAAAGUGA